AUGCACCCCACAGGGUCGGUGGACAGCAGCAGCUUCUCCCGCUCGGCCGUGCAGACCUUGUCCCGCAGCCACUGCCGAAACAUCAAGCAAAAGAUCUCCCAGUGGGAGGGCAGGACACGAGGCUGCUCCAGCAAGGAGAAACAGCAGCCAAAGGACUUUGGAGUAAAGUAUGAUCCCAGCUGCAAUGCUCUACCCAAAGUGAAGCCAGAAUGCACAGAGAAGGCCGGAAAGGCUGGCUCCAAAGAUCCAAAGAGCCUGGGUUUGGACUUCAGGGAAGAUGCACGGAGCUGCUUGCAGACUGGGGACUGUGGUGGCCUCAAGCCCUGUGUGUGCAGCCCAGCUUCAAAAGCCAGGCAGAAAGGAGAGGGGCAAGCAGGCUGCCUGGACUCUGGGGUGGCACUGCCCCCAGGGAACUUCUAUACCUCACAAGCUCUGUGGAGGAGAGCAGAUCCCCUUCUGCCUGGCAAAGCCCUUCCUGUUCCCUUGGACCAUCAGAGGAAGCAAGGGAGCUCUGGCUCCACGGAAAGAGAAGUGAAAAUCAAAGGAGUGGACUCUCUCUGCAGGGCAGAGAGGAGCUUGAAAAACAUUUACUCUGAGGUUGAGGGGCAAGAGGAGGAGCCAGCUCCUGUCCCACCACCCAAACCCCGUAGGACUUUCCGCUACCUGGCAGAAAAGGGUGUUGGUAGCUGUAGAGAUGCCAGUGCUACUAGGGAAACUCCCCUGCAAAAGCAGAGUGGAAGGGACCUGGUGUCAUCCUCCAACAAUCCUGAGAAGAAAAUAGCCAGCAGGAUGAUCAGAGGGAGAGCCCAGAGGAAAUCUUUUGAGUUUGAGGACAUCCAGGGCUUCCGCAACCGGAUGGCAACCAACAGCUCCCACAGGCUUCGAGAGGAGACAAAUGGCACUGCAGGAUCCAGGCUCACCUACACACAGUCAGAGGACAACAUCUACGAGGACAUUAUCUGUCCUGCAAAGGAGAACCCUUAUGAAGACAUCAGAGCACUGCCCUUACCCCUGUGGAAGGUCCCAUCUGUCUGGAAGCUGCCCCCAGCCCGGAGCAUCAGCAGAGCUCCCAAGCCUCCUCCAAAACCUCCCUUCCUCAGUCGCAAGACUCUUGAGCUAAAGCCCUUCCAGACAAGUUUCCAAGGGAAGAUGGUGAAGGACACCUCUCUGCCUGUCACACUGUCUGAGUGGAAGCUGUUCCGAGCUGUGGAGGCUGCUAGCAGGAGAAAGAACUUGCCCUGGCUGGUACUGAAAAUACAGGAGAUCUUUGAUUCCAAGCGUGGGAAGAAGAAGGUGAAGCUGCUCAGUCCUGCUGGGAAAGAAGUGACUCCAGUGAAAGGUGAAACCAGUGGGAAUGAGAGCGAUACGGAAAAUCAGCCAAAAAGUCGCCAGAGGUGCCCACGGCAGGUGCAGGCAGCAUCCAAGAGGAACCCACACUACCAGACUCUGGAGAGGGACCUGAUAGAGCUCCAGGAGCAGAGGCUGUUCGAGCUGUUCGUGGUGGUGUCUCUGCACAAGAAGGCCUCUGAGGUGACCUACACACCACAGAUCAUACAGCAGUUUCCCAGCAAG